CUCAAUCUGACCAAUAAAUCUCAAAUACUUGCUUGACCGGUUUGAUGACUUUAUCCAGCCUGCGUAUGUUGCAGUUGCAGAUCUAUCCGCCUCGCCCAUCUCCUCCGUUCUCCUCUUCUCUUCCUUUCUCCUAGUUGUUUCGAAGAAAGAAGAAUCUCCACCGGUUCCUCUCCCUCCGCCGGUACCAAGUGCUUGCGAAGAUAAUCUUUUCUUUCUGUUCUGAAAGAGCCUCUUUCUGCUUCCUUCGGUUAGAUCGCACGGUCCGACGUUGUCUCUCUUAACCGGUGCUUUGGCUCUGUAUCUCCGUGGUAUGGUUUCGUGACUUUCGUCUGACUAAUAGCUGGAUCCUGCGCAAACCAAGAACCCGAUUCUGGUGGUUUGGUGGAGGAACCGGCACCUUUCUCAGAUCUGUUAAAGAACAAGUGGGUCUCUAAGGCAAACAAAGCAAAUCUCAGCGCAGAGAGGGCUGUCUUGUUUGAUCGAGAUCUGAUUUUGGGCAAAUGAAAGAAGACUACGAGAUUGAAGAGAAAAAGGAAGCUGCUGCUGAUUUAUUGUUCAACUACUCCAAGUUUGUGAUGGCAUGUAUCGGGAACCAAGUUCGCCCCUGCGACAUGAGAUUGCAUCUCAUGAAGGAGAUAUCAGGGAUGCCAACUUCUCUGAAGAAAGAGCCUUCUCAGAUGGCAAACUCACCUGAUGCGAUGGGUGAAUCCUCCAGCUCGGGUACUGCGAGGCUUGAUAAAGUUGACAGCUUUCAUGCACAUUAGCUUCAGAGCAUAUUGUAAAUUCAUUGGUUCAGUUUCCUCCCUUCACAGUUUCUACUCUUUGUUAUGUAUGUGAUUCCUUGUAACUAGGUAGAUUAGCCAAACCAUUUGCCUAAUAGCAGAUCGCG